GUGAGGACCGUUUUUCUCCGUCGCUCCCGUGUGAAUGGAGACGAGUCCGUAAAAAUUGUCCUACCACUUUUUCACCGAAGGAAAACCCAAUUUAAAAGACACGACUACGAACGGACCUAGUGAUUUAAAUAGUAACAAACUAGUGGAUAAGCGAUCAAAAUGGGAAUUAAAUUCUUAGAGGUAAUUAAACCCUUCUGCAGUAUUCUGCCAGAGAUUGCGAAACCUGAACGAAAGAUCCAGUUCCGCGAGAAGGUACUAUGGACGGCCAUCACGUUAUUCAUCUUUCUGGUGUGCUGUCAGAUUCCGCUUUUCGGAAUCAUGAGCUCCGAUUCGGCCGAUCCCUUCUACUGGAUUCGUGUUAUCCUGGCUUCGAACCGAGGAACGCUGAUGGAACUGGGUAUUUCACCAAUUGUCACGUCCGGAUUGAUCAUGCAACUGCUGGCCGGUGCAAAGAUUAUCGAAGUUGGUGACACCCCGAAAGACCGAGCCUUGUUCAACGGAGCGCAGAAACUGUUCGGAAUGGUAAUCACGAUUGGACAGGCGAUCGUCUACGUCAUGACUGGAAUGUACGGUGAUCCGUCGGAGAUCGGAGCCGGAGUCUGUCUGUUGAUCAUCAUUCAGUUGUUCGUAGCCGGUUUGAUAGUUCUACUGCUGGAUGAACUGUUGCAGAAGGGAUACGGUCUGGGAUCAGGAAUUUCACUAUUUAUUGCCACCAACAUUUGCGAAACGAUCGUGUGGAAGGCCUUCUCUCCAGCCACUGUUAACACUGGCCGUGGAACCGAAUUCGAAGGUGCUGUCAUUGCUCUAUUCCACCUGCUAGCCACACGUCAGGAUAAGGUCCGGGGUCUACGUGAAGCUUUCUACCGCCAGAACCUGCCAAAUCUGAUGAACCUGUUGGCCACGGUUCUUGUGUUUGCAGUGGUGAUAUACUUCCAGGGCUUCCGAGUCGAUCUCCCAAUCAAAUCAGCCCGUUACCGUGGUCAGUACAGCAGCUACCCAAUUAAACUGUUCUAUACCUCGAACAUUCCAAUCAUUCUACAAUCCGCUCUCGUAUCCAAUCUGUACGUCAUCUCACAAAUGCUGGCCGUCAAAUUCCAUGGCAAUUUCCUGAUCAACAUGCUUGGUGUGUGGGCUGAUGUUGGCGGUGGUGGUCCAGCUCGUUCUUACCCAAUUGGCGGUCUCUGCUACUACCUUUCCCCUCCGGAAUCGCUCGGACACAUCGUUGCAGACCCAAUCCACGCCGUCCUGUACAUCGUAUUCAUGUUGGGCUCAUGCGCUUUCUUCUCCAAGACCUGGAUUGAUGUGUCCGGUAGCUCCGCUAAAGAUGUUGCCAAGCAGCUCAGAGAACAGCAGAUGAUCAUGCGUGGACAUCGUGAAAACUCCAUGAUCCAUGAGCUGAACCGAUACAUCCCAACGGCAGCCGCCUUUGGUGGUCUGUGCAUCGGUGCCCUGUCGGUGAUAGCCGAUUUCAUGGGUGCGAUCGGUUCCGGAACCGGUAUCUUGCUGGCCGUGACCAUCAUCUAUCAGUACUUUGAGAUCUUCGUCAAAGAGCAGAGCGAAAUGGGAGGAAUGGGUACAUUACUGUUCUAAUUUAUUUGUGUUAUUAUGUGUUUACAUUAAUGCUUAAGUUAAGCACAUUCUAUGUGACGUGAGAGAGCGAGACGCAAUGUGGUCAGGUGAAAUCACUACAAUUUACGGAACUCGAAGCUAUCCUUCCAAACCAGGAAAAGGAAGAGCAGAAAAAGUAAAUUGUAACUGAUUUUAAGAAUGCUAAGAUAUGAUCAAAUUACAAUUUGAAACCUUAGACAGACAAUGGGCGAGUUGUUGCACGUUUAGUUUAGUAGUGAUUGUGAGAAGACUUUUCAAACUAAAAACUGAAAUUAUCAUUUACUUAUAAUUUUAUUUCAUUCCUUAUCGAGAAGAACGAUAACCACAGAUAAAGAAUAUAACACGCUAUAGUAGCGCGAAGGAUGUUAAUAAAAAAAAAAUGUGUAGAAUAUUGAAAACAUCAAAAUCUGUAA